AUUACUCAUGAAGCAAUAGCCCAACACAGGGCUGAUUCUAGAACCAGGUCAGGCAUUAUGGUGGUUUCUCUCUCAUCUUGUCAAUCAUAUGCAUCCCAAUCUCUCUGACAUUUUAGGUGCAGGCCAGAAACCAUCGUUUCAUUCUUCCCCAAUGGGGUCUAUGCUCGGUAACCUCCCGUCCUUUGACCCCCACAACUUCAGCCAACUUCGUCCCUCCGAUCCUUCUAAUCCUUCUAAAAUGGUUCCUUCCACCUACCGUCCCACUCAUAGCCGGACUCUUCCACCACCUGAUCAAGUUAUAGCUACUGAGGCCAAAAAUAUACUUAUUAGAAAUAUCUACCAGCGUGCUGAGGAGAAGUUGAGAUCGAAACGUGCUGCCACAGAACAUCUAAUACCAGAGCAUGGAUGCAAGCAAACAAGGCCUUCCACCUCUUAGUUGUAACUCUUCGUUUUUUUCUUUGAGGCUGGUGUAAAUGUAUCUUCUCAUAUCAAAUGUGUUGUAAACUGUGAAAAAAAGUUGCUUACCCACUGUUGUAGACUGGGACACCAUACAUACGUGUAUAUUUUGUGUAUAAAUCAAACUUAUAAAUGGUUAUCAUUAUAAUUUUUAUGGCGACCACUGUUAUUUGUAGUUCAAAA